AUGGACGAGUGUGAUGGCGCCGGUAGGUGCGGCGGCAGAUGCCGGGCGCCCAAGGCCGGGCUCUGCGCGCCCCGCUCCCGCCCGCCGCUGUCCCUCCGAAGCAGGAGCACUUGGAGGUGCCGCUGCCGGAGCAGUCCGGGGGAUUCACUGGUCACCCCGCCGUCUGCCAGCGGCUUAAACGCGCGGGGGAACGAGCUUACCUUGCUGGAUUCCAGAUCAGUUCAGGGAGAACUGGGGUGGAUAGCGAGUCCCUUGGAAGGAGGGUGGGAGGAAGUAAGCAUCAUGGAUGAGAAGAACACUCCAAUCCGCACCUAUCAAGUCUGCAAUGUGAUGGAACCCAGUCAGAAUAAUUGGUUACGAACUGAUUGGAUUCCCCGUGAGGGGGCUCAAAGGGUAUAUAUUGAAAUCAAGUUCACACUAAGAGACUGCAACAGCCUGCCGGGUGUCAUGGGAACUUGCAAAGAGACUUUCAACCUUUAUUACUAUGAAUCGAACAACGAUAAGGAGCGUUUUAUUCGAGAGAGCCAGUUUGCCAAGAUCGAUACCAUUGCUGCAGAUGAGAGCUUCACCCAGGUGGACAUUGGUGACAGGAUCAUGAAGCUGAAUACAGAGAUACGGGAUGUGGGACCACUUGGCAAGAAAGGGUUUUACUUGGCUUUUCAGGACGUUGGUGCCUGCAUUGCUUUGGUGUCUGUUCGUGUGUUCUAUAAGAAGUGUCCUUUGACAGUUCGAAACCUGGCACAGUUUCCAGACACCGUGACUGGAGCUGAUACAUCCUCUCUGGUGGAGGUUCGUGGCUCCUGUGUCAACAACUCAGAAGAGAAGGAUGUGCCAAAAAUGUACUGUGGGGCAGAUGGAGAAUGGCUGGUGCCCAUUGGCAACUGUCUGUGCAAUGCUGGCUAUGAAGAACAUAAUGGUGAAUGCCAAGCUUGCAAAAUCGGAUACUACAAGGCGCUCUCGACAGAUGUUGCUUGUGCCAAAUGCCCGCCUCACAGCUACUCCAUCUGGGAAGGCUCUACCUCCUGCACCUGCGAGCGGGGCUUUUUCCGAGCUGAAAAUGAUGCUGCGUCCAUGCCCUGCACUCGUCCUCCAUCUGCUCCCCAGAACCUAAUUUCCAAUGUCAAUGAGACCUCAGUGAACUUGGAGUGGAGCCCCCCCCAGAACAAAGGUGGUCGCGAAGACAUCUCCUACAAUGUGGUAUGCAAGAGGUGCGGUGCCGGUGACUUGAGCCGCUGCCGGUCCUGUGGCAGUGGUGUGCACUUCAGCCCCCAGCAGAACGGCUUGAAAACCACCAAAGUCUCCAUUACUGACCUCCUAGCACACACUAACUACACCUUUGAAGUCUGGGCAGUGAAUGGAGUGUCCAAGCAAAACCCCAGCCAGGACCAAGCUGUGUCAGUCACUGUGACAACUAACCAAGCAGCUCCAUCCCCAAUUGUUUUGAUCCAGGCUAAAGAGAUAACAAGACACAGUGUUGCCUUGGCUUGGCUGGAACCUGACAGGCCAAAUGGAGUUAUCCUGGAGUAUGAAGUCAAAUACUAUGAAAAGGACCAAAACGAGCGUAGCUAUCGCAUUGUGAAGACAGCCUCCAGGAAUACUGACAUCAAAGGCUUGAACCCCCUUACUUCAUAUGUAUUUCAUGUGAGGGCCAGGACAGCAGCAGGAUAUGGAGACUUCAGUGGACCAUUUGAGUUCACAACUAAUACAGUUCCUUCCCCCAUCAUUGGUGAUGGUACCAACCCCACAGUGCUCCUUGUUUCAGUGGCUGGCAGUGUUGUUCUUGUGGUCAUUCUCAUUGCAGCCUUUGUCAUCAGCAGGAGGCGCAGUAAGUACAGUAAGGCUAAGCAAGAGGCAGAUGAGGAGAAGCAUUUGAACCAAGGUGUUAGAACAUAUGUGGAUCCUUUUACAUAUGAGGAUCCAAACCAAGCUGUGAGGGAAUUUGCCAAAGAAAUUGAUGCCUCCUGCAUAAAGAUUGAAAAAGUUAUUGGUGUGGGGGAAUUCGGUGAAGUAUGCAGUGGACGUCUCAAAGUACCAGGAAAAAGAGAGAUAUGUGUUGCUAUCAAGACCCUAAAAGCUGGUUACACUGAUAAACAAAGGAGAGACUUUCUGAGUGAGGCCAGCAUCAUGGGACAGUUUGACCACCCCAAUAUUAUCCAUUUGGAAGGCGUAGUUACUAAAUGUAAACCAGUAAUGAUCAUAACUGAGUACAUGGAAAAUGGCUCCUUGGAUGCCUUCCUCAGGAAGAAUGAUGGUAGAUUUACAGUGAUCCAGUUGGUGGGGAUGCUUCGUGGCAUUGGCUCAGGAAUGAAGUACCUGUCUGACAUGAGCUAUGUGCAUCGGGAUCUGGCUGCUCGGAACAUUCUGGUCAACAGCAACUUGGUUUGCAAAGUCUCUGACUUCGGCAUGUCCCGCGUCCUGGAAGACGACCCUGAAGCAGCUUAUACCACACGGGGUGGCAAGAUCCCCAUCAGGUGGACGGCACCAGAGGCAAUUGCCUACCGAAAAUUCACUUCGGCCAGUGAUGUGUGGAGCUACGGCAUCGUCAUGUGGGAAGUGAUGUCCUAUGGAGAGAGACCUUACUGGGAUAUGUCCAAUCAGGAUGUUAUUAAAGCCAUUGAAGAAGGGUAUCGGCUGCCUCCCCCGAUGGACUGUCCCAUCGCUCUCCAUCAGCUGAUGCUGGACUGCUGGCAGAAGGAACGCAGUGACAGGCCUAAAUUUGGACAGAUUGUCAACAUGCUGGACAAACUCAUCCGCAACCCCAACAGCCUGAAGAGGACAGGCAGUGAGAGCUCCAGACCUAGCACAGCCUUGCUGGAUCCCAGCUCCCCGGAGUUCUCGGCAGUUGUUUCUGUUGGUGACUGGCUCCAAGCCAUUAAAAUGGAGCGAUACAAGGAUAACUUCACAGCUGCUGGCUAUACCACCCUAGAGGCUGUGGUGCAUAUGAACCAGGAUGACCUGGCCAGGAUUGGGAUCACUGCCAUCACCCACCAGAACAAGAUCUUGAGCAGCGUUCAAGCAAUGCGCACCCAAAUGCAACAGAUGCACGGCAGGAUGGUUCCCGUCUGAGCCAGUGCUGAAUAAACUCAAAACUCUUGAAAUUAGUUUACCUCAUCCAUGCACUUUAAUUGAAGAACUGCACUUUUUUUACUUCGUCUCCUUGCCUGUCGAAAUAAAGAUCUGCAGCAUUGCUUGAUGUACAGAUUGUGGAAACCAAGCGUGUGUGUUGGGAGGGGGCCUCCAGAAAUGACAAGCCGUCGUUUUAAACCAGACCUGGAACAAAUUGUUUCUUGGAACAUACUUCUCUGUUGAUCAACCAUAUGUAAAAUACGUGUAUCUAUAUAAAUAUAAAGUCACAUUUAAGUUUUGAUGCUAUGUUUGCUGCCAGAUACUGUGCUUAAAAGCAAAAGUACUUUCCUUCUCCCUAUGACCUGUAGGAUUACAACCAUAGUGUUUUAUUUGUGGGUGAAACCACCUUUGUGCGUCUUUCACUGGAAUGAAGAAUCUGCCCUAGGAUAUUUUCUGCAGACUUGAUGCAUCACUAAUACUUUGCAGAAACCUCAGUGAGAGUAUCAUUUGGCUAAUCAGUGCCUGCCAGUUAGUGAUCUAAACAUUUAUGGGCUUGAGACAUGAAAUAACCACCUCGUGGAUGACUGGGCAAAACUGGACUUCAAGGGAGAUUAUUGGCUGUUGUGCUGUGCUGAAGCUUACCACUUAAAGACAUUUUAUGAACAUCUUGCCAGUAGUCAGCUGUGACAAUCGUGGCUGUGGAGCUUUUGAACUUCUUUACUCUUUCAAGAAGUGAUUCCCUUUGCCAAAU